AUGACUUUGGCUGACUAUCUUGCCAAGAACUAUCUCUCAGCAGAUGCGAAGCCGUCGAAGAAGCGUAAAAGAAAGGGCAAAGCGCAUUCAGAGGGGCUUACAAUCGCCGACGACGAUGCGAAUACCUGGACCAAGCCAACAGAAAAUGCCGAUGAGGACGACGAUGCGCCGACCAUAGUGGGCGCAUUAGCAGGUGGGCUGAAUAAGCCAUCCAAAAAGUCGAAAUGGAUCAGGAUAGGCGCAGAAGCUCCGAAAGACUCAGACCAGGCAGAGGCCGAUGCAAUUCUAGCACAAGCGCGAAAAGAAUCGCAAGCCCGAGCACAGCAGGAUGACGAUGAUCCUGCGGUGGUUGGCGAAGACGGAGCAGAAUACGAUGGACCUGUCAUGGCAAAUGGAGCCCUCGCUGGUUUGCAGACAGCCGAGCAGGUCUCAAAAGCGCUCCAGAAGAAGCAGAAGGAAGAGAUGAACGCGAUGAAGGCCGCCGGGCUGGAUUCGGGAGGGUUGGCGCAGCAGACUAUCUAUCGUGAUGCUUCGGGCCGCAUGAUUAAUGUCAAGCAGAAAAAGGAAGAAGCCGAAGAAAAGGCACGAGAAGAAGAGCGAAAACAGCAAGAAGAGUUGGAGAGCAGAAAGGGUGAUGUUCAAAGGCGACAGAAGGAGGAGCGAAGACAAGAGCUCCAAGGUGCAAAGGUCAUGACUGUUGCGAGGCAUGCAGAUGACGAGAAGAUGAAUGAGGAGCUAAAGGAUAGGGAGAGGUGGAAUGAUCCGAUGGCACAACUGCUAACAACAAAGAAGAGCAGCAGCAAAAGUGGAAAGGGCAAGGCCAGUGGCAAGUCCUACCAAGGCGCUUUUGAGCCAAAUAGAUACGGGAUACGGCCUGGCUGGAGAUGGGACGGAGUGGAUCGAGGCAAUGGAUUUGAGCGGAAAUGGUUCGCUGCGCGAAACAAAGCCAAAGACCGCGAGGCCCUCGAAUAUGCGUGGCAGCUAGAUGAGUGA